AAGCGGAUGUGCGUUGCGGAAAUAUCGGUGUUUUGUUGUAGCAGGAGUAAAAUGGGUUGCGAUGGUGGAACUAUACCUAAGCGACACGAACUGGUAAAAGGACCCAAAAAAGUAGAGAAGGUUGAUAGAAAUGCAGAGUUAAUUGCCCGCUGGUAUUACUGCACCCUGAGCCAAGAGAAACUUAAGAAACCAGUUGUCGCGUGUGAACUUGGCCGAUUAUACAACAAAGAUGCUGUUAUUGAGUUCUUGCUGGACAAAUCUCCUGAUAAACCACAUGCAGAUACUGCAGCUCAUAUUAAGAGCAUCAAGCAUGUGAUUGCAUUGAACCUGAGUGGAAAUCCAGCAUGGGCCGGGGACAAAAAGAACACAAAAGGAGAUAUUUACGAUGAUCAGUGUGCCCAGUUUAUAUGUCCAGUGGUAGGACUGGAAAUGAAUGGGAAACACAGGUUUUGCGUGCUACAGCAAUGUGGUUGUGUGUUUUCUGAACGUGCCCUCAAGGAGAUUAAAACAGACGUGUGCCAUAAGGUAGGUUUUGCAUUCAUUGUAUCCCUCAUUUAA